CAGCUGGCGAGAGCUUCGGGGAGGAGUCGUUGGCCGUGUAGAACUGCGUCACGGUCAGCUGCUCACUGCUGUUGUCGAUGGCGGGCUUGGUGGGCUGGUUGACGCGCAUGGCGAAGACGGCCUAUCGGUCGGUCUGUUUUGGAUCUGCGACGGCCUGCACCUUGAGCUUGCAGUCACGAUGGGACCACAGGUGGCCAUCUGAUUGACCGAGACACAAGGCAGGUCAAACAACCAAGAUGGCGACAGGACGAUCGGUGUGUGCUCAAAUGUGCGCCAUGCCUUGGAAUCCGAAUGCGAAAGUGGUGUCCUUCAUGACUGCUCCGUGAGCACCCACAGAGGCGAUGCCGCUGACCACACUGUGUGGCUUCACCAACUGCAUCCAUAUCACAUGCAGAGCAACAAAGCAACCAUGUCUCCGACCCUUCCCCUUGUGUAUUUGUGUGUGCCACCGUUCGGUUCUCGGGCAUGAGUCCGAAGACCAUGGUGAAGUCAGGGUCAGCCAGCAGCGAAUAGUCCCGCGAGCCGACCAGAAACUCACCCUCAUCGAACACAAGCGAUCCACUGCACACACACUCACACAACACGACACAGAGAGAGAUAGUCACCCGCGUCAAGCAAUACAUGUCGCUCUCUCGCCGACUUACCCGUCGAACCGUGGCAGCUUAUGGUGAUCGAUGCUCACGCCUGACUGAUGUCCAGGCAGGAAGUCCCCAAAGCCAUAUGUGGUCCCCGCCAUGUUCUGCCACUUGAGCACGCGAGACAGCUCAUUCUUUUCGACCGCCCCGAGACUCAGCGUGUCAGGAUCAGCCACGUAGAAGCCCAUGAGCUUCGACUCAUCAGAUGGAGACAGCUUCAGCUUGUCCAGAUAGGCACCAUACGAUCCGAGAGCUGAUCAGCAAUCACGCACGUGCAUUCGGGUAGGGAGAUGUGACUCUAUUCUCUGUUAUGUAUUGAGUGAGUGUCUGUCUGUCUCACGUGAGCAGGUUGGGACCGGUGCACUGAGGUUGCCGUUGCCGAGACACGUGAGGGCCGCGCUCGUGUCGGGGAUCAUCUCAUACCCCUUGUCGCAGGUGAAUGUCACCGUCGUGCCCGGACCGACAUUUAGUCCGGGCUCGACCACACCAUGCGCCAGCGGCUCCACGGUGCAAUUUGCUGACAAUCAGACGACAAAAUCCAGCGAGAUCCAUACGAAAGGAGUGUGUGUUUGGUUGUGUGUACUGACUUGGGGCAGGUGCGCCGGGGACGCUGUGAGCGAUGACCGAAUACCACUUCUUGUCGACGAAGCGCACAUUGUCCACACGGAUGCUCCGAUCGCCAACGAGGGCCUAAACGUGAGGAGGCACAAUGCCGAAACACAUUCCGCGUAAGAGUGUGCUGACCUGGCCUGCGGGAACUCUGAAGCUGUUGUCUGGCGCUUCUCUGGGCGAGAAUGAGUAGUGGUCCAUGGCGUCCACAGCGAAGGUGGAUGGCAGGCGAAACACCAAAGAGCUGCCGUUGGCCUGAUACUCGCCCAGAUCUGACACCAACCAGCCAACCAACCAACAGCACAAAAUGGAAGAUGACGAUCCAUGCGUCUGUAGCGCAUGGUGUCACUCACAUUCCUUCUUUGGCGGCAAUGGCUGCGCUUCAGGCGGGCGGCCUCCCGGCGGCGGCACUGCCUCCUUCUUGAGGAUGAGGAAUACGUCAUACACCACAUCCUCCUCUAUCGAAGGACUGUACGCGUGAAGCAUGUGGUCGGCCGGCGACCAGGUGAACUGAAGUUACCUCCACAGACACGUAUGCAGAGAAAGCGGUCACCCACUUUUCCUGUAGCCUCACGUUUUUCGUGCGGUAGACGCUGGAGCCGACUUCGAACUCGACAGCCAUGAUCCUGUCUGCCUUGCUCCAUAAAUGCAUCGGCAGCUCCAGUGAGACCUCGCCGGGCGCGCCAGUAGCCUGGAGAUUCUCUGACUUUUCCUCCUUCUGCCUGCGGAUGACCAGGAACAUUUCAUACUCGACGUCCUGCCGGAUCCGGGGGCUCUUGACGAGAAGCGUGUGGUCAUCAGGAUUCCAUGCGAACUGCAAUCAAGACAGCAGGCAGGUCAGACACACUGUGUACGGAUCAUGUGCGCAUUCUGCUUACGUUUUCGCUGGCGAAUGCCUCAGUGGCCUCUUCGACUUCGACCUUGAGGAUGUCGUCAACAAGCUUCCAGAGGUGUUGUGGUACGGGCAUGAUGAUGUAUCCCUCGUUGCCGACGGCCCUCACUGGCUCGCUCCUCCGUGUGGGGCCAGACCUCACCGUGAAUGAGGCCUCGUACGCCUUGCCUGCCUGGAUCGCAGGGCUGUACACCGUCGCAAUGUUGGUCGCGUCAUCGAUGACAAACUGAGUGGCACCAGAAAGAGAGGAGACAUAAAGUGUGUGCCUCGUCCUGGCUUGCUCGCACCUGAUCGCUCCAGGACUGCUCGCGCCCGUCGCUGAGUUGGACGGACACAAUGUUGGGUUUCUCCCUCAGCACACUCUCCGGGAGCGGCACCUCCAGCCUGCCGUCCUGCCCGGCGAUUGCCUGGACGCUCUCACUCUGCCGCUCGGCCUCCUCCUCAGCCUCGCUUUCCCUCAUCAGCACACUGCAAUCGUACUUGACGCCAUCGAGGAUGUCAGGGCUGCGGACCACCAGCUCAUGCGAGUCAUAGUCCGGUGUGAAGUCGGUAGAGGAGAAGGCGCUCGUGCCGUCUUUAAUCUCGACCUCCACUAUGUCGUCCACACGCGCCCAUAGCGGUUUGGUCAGCGGGAGGAAGAGCUUCCCCUUGUGUGCGGUGACUGUGCCGGCGUCCUUCUUGGUCGUGUGUGUGCCGCCUGCUGGUGUGUCGUCCUUGUGUGGAUGGUGCGGCCGCCCGCCUGCGGGAGGCCUUGGCGUUGUUGUCGGUCCAGGAGACACCCCCUUCUGCAGAUUGACGUCGAUGUCAUACAGUCCUGGGCCGAUGUUGUCGUCUCGAAGCGUGGCUUCAUAGAGACCGCUCUGGAGCUCCCUGUAGGUGCACUGGAGCAGCGAGAGGCGAGAGACAGGCAGUGAUAACAGGCUUGCAGAGGUGUGCGUGUCUAUGGAUAUUCUUACAGCUGAGCUCAUGACUGUGAUGCCCCUGUCAUUGGUUCCCACAGGGGUGACGGUGAAUGACUUGACUUGUGGAGGGGUCACGCCCUCGGACAGUCGUGUCGUGAGCUCCCCGUCAGCCAGCGUCAUGGCCGUCCCGAGAUCGUGCUUAUUCUCCUCACCUGAAUCAAGGGAGCCGGCCGGCACUUCUUGUUCGCGCAAGUCCGUAUGUAUGUUUCAUCUUCCUACCGAUCAGUUCGUCCACUUGUUUCUGGAGGUUGUCCAGCUCUGAGUCCGCCGCGCCUAUGGCCUUGUCCACUGAAGGCACGCAAACGGCCGCAGAGACACAUCAUUCACAUCAGACGUUUGGCUCACGCUGCCUCUUCCUUCCUUUGUUACCGUCUUGGUUUUUGAGGAAGCUGAGCAUGAGCGAUGAGACGAUCCUCAUCACCUCGGGGCUGUCGUCGCGCAAAGGGCGCUUCCACACCGCGAUUAGACGGAUGUCACCUGACGACCACAGUUGUUGAGCAAGUCUUCACCUGAUUCUCUCUCGUCCCGUGUCUCCCUCACCGACAAAGCCUUGCAGAGGGUCUUUUUCCGAUGGCUCGGGUGCCUCCAUCGUCCGUCUCCCCACCAACAGAUUCACCGGCAGCCGCUGCUUGCUGAGUUCCUGCCCGCCAUAGCUCGGGAAGUCCCUCUCGCCAGUUAUGUCCACCACAGUCUCGCUGCUGGCUCCCGUCCUGUCUGCGUAUAUGUAGAUUCCUGCGGGCUCGCCGGUCUCGUGGUCAGAUGUUGCAUUCGCGGCCUUGGCCGCGUCCGGCUCGGCUAGAUGGACGCCGAAGAGGCACCACUCACCGUUGAUGCAGCUGUCGGGGAUCUGCGUGCUGUCUGCCCUCAGCGACUUGGUGCCUGGGGCAAAACGAUGUCCUUGUGCGUGUCAUGGUCUCACUUGUGUCUGUGUGUGUCUGUGUCUGUGUGUGUCACCUUCCGGUGCUUCCUCCCAGACGCCGAACACCUGGAAGGGGUUCUGCUUGGUCUGGUCGCUGGGCGGGUCCACACCGAAACGAAUGCCCUUUACUCGCUGCCCAGGUGUGGCGAGGUUGACCAGUGUCUUGCUGCGCGACGGACCUGCCGUGGUCUGGGCCUCCGGCUGGCUUCGAAAACCGACAAAGACUGUCGCACCCCGCUUGCCGACCACGUUGAGUGCUGUAGAGAGGAGGCCCUCCUGACCGGUGAAUGUCACCAGCGAUUGGUUGCCGGUGCUGAGCAGACGGUGAAGGAGAAAGAGAUCCAUGUGCUGUGUGUCGGUCGCUGCUUACAUAGUGAAUGUGGGGCACUCUCCGGCCUGCCGGGGAUCGCUGCAGUCGCCCGGCGCAGCCAAAGACGCGAACCCGCCGCACCCCCAGUUGUGCCAGGUCUGCACGUACCUCUUGCCUUCCGGCCCGUCGACAAUGUCCAGGUGCUCCUCGUCAGCCACAUAGACGCCCAUCAGACCCUGCGUCACCAGGGGAGGCAACACGCCCGUCCAGGGAUUCAGCUGCUCUACGAAUCACAUGCAGAGAAGGGAUGCGUACAUGUCAGUGUCUCUCGCGUUGGCUGACAGGGUGGCUUACUGGCGGGAGCGCAGAAUGGGAUCCCCUCCCCACCAGCGGUGAAUUCGCCCUUCUCCGUGCACGCAAGUGUCCCCCCUGAUGGCUCAAAGCUGCCCUUGCAGCAGAGUGCGGCCUCAUCGCCAGCAACGAAGCCCUCCGAGCUGUGCGGCCCCGCAAUGCGGUAGAAGAACCCAUCAGGUACGACGGGAGGGUCGCACUUGGCUGAACAUGAAUGAGUGACACAGGCACAUGCAAUGCUGAUCAAGGAAACCUAAACGCUUCAUGUGGUUGGUUGGUCACCUCUGCACGAGGGGUAGUACUGAGAGGACACUGGUGGCAUCCACAU